AUGGCCUCUCUUCACUCUCUUGCGUCGAUCUGGUUUUCGCUUUGUGCAACCGUCCUCCUCACAUUUGUAUCUGUAUCCGCCCCAGUUUGGGCCAAAAUCUAUUUUUUACGCGCUGGGUCCGUCGUUUUUGGCGUCUGGGGAUUCUCUGGAAGCCAUGUCUCUGUCGGAUACCGGUUUGACGCGGUGGCCAACUUCAACCCUAGAACACUCGAUACCCCACUCUUUCUCAAUCUCACUCGUGCUCUCAUCCUUCACCCAAUCGCGGCCGGACUAUCAGCUCUGUCUCUCAUUUCGGGGCUGCCCAUCUACAGUCGCAUGGCGUCGUCUUCCACAGUUUUGUUCAGUGCUCUAGGCUCUGUCGUCUGCCUUCUCGCUUUCCUCUUCGAUAUGGUUCUAUUUGGCGUGGCCCGUACCGCUCUAAAAAAGCAAAAUAUCGAAGCAGACUACGGCAACGCGUGUUGGUUGACCCUGGGCGGACUCGUCUCUCUCUCUUGCGUAUUCGCUACCGCUUCGUGCGGUGUUAUCGGUCGUUACCGGAAAUCAAGGAGGACUCAUCUGUGA